UCAGUUUUGAGAUGGCAUUUUCGUAGAUCGUAACGCAAAGAACGGCGGGUGAUUUUUAAGGCAAACAUCUUAUGAAAAUUAGUUUUGUUUGGGUUCAAUGCCUAAAUGACACAACUCAAGUUAUCAAGAAAACAGUAUCAAUAAAUGAUGCUAUUAAGAGAGCGAGCAGUGAGAAAGUGCCUUAAAAACUUUUUGCAGAAGAAAAGUCAAAAAAGAUUAUCGCCGCAAACAAAAUAGCGGAAAGAUAUUAAAAAAAACUAGUUUUUAGCGUUAAUUGUAUUAUUCAACACCGUAUAAAGUGCCACACCCACAAACUCCAAAUACUCAACAAGCCUACACUACUCAUCGCACACCUACAGUACGGGCAGCAGUGUUACUCACAAAACUAGCUACUAAAUAUAAAAAAUAUAAAAAAAACAACUACAUACUUUUAUUCUGCCACUUCAUAAUGAGUAGCCAACCGGCCAGCCAGCCCGACAGCAUCGACUUAGCCUAUGACAUGUGGGCUGGCCAAUUCGAAUUUGUCGGACCCGCAACGAACAGCUGCAGCAGCAACAGCAAUAGCACCACCAGCAGCACGAUAACGCUCAACAACACCAACAACAACAACAGCGCAUGUUUCGGCAGCGACAAACAAGCCAAUCAUAAACGCUCCAACGAGAGUUUAGAAGAUUUGAACCUCAACUUCGAUACAACAGCCACACAGUCGACCUUGAAUAGUGGCGCCUAUACCUUGGGUUGUAAUCAGUAUCAAUAUAAUUUUGGUAAACAACCGAUACUGAUAGAUCAAGAGCAAUUCUUGAGUUUGAAUCCAGCUGAUUUUGAAGAUAUUGUGCCAUCGGAACCAAAUUCAUUGGUAUUCAUUGAGAAUAAAUUGAGUGACGAUAAUUGUGAAAGUGAACAAAUUGGUAGUAAUAAUAACAACAACAACAACAAUAAUAAUAAUAAUAACAAUAAUAAUAAAUUGGUGAAUUUAGAAACUCUGACAAGUAAAUUUAAUUCGAAUAAAACAAAUAAUACAAAUACAAACGGUUUUAAGUUGGAGAAUUUGAAAAAUUUCAAAAAUAAAUUACUCUGUGAUUUCGAAGACAAAACGUCGAUGGUGAAUGGGAGUGCGGUUGUUGGUAGCGUGAAUAACGGUGGCGCGCUGGACGCUGCUGAUAUGCAGGCACAUCACUGUUGCAACAACAAAAUGAAUGGUUUGAGUGCCGAAAUCUGCGAUAAUCUCAACGAACAACUGGAACUGCUACAGCGUCAAGUCACUGACUUAGCUGACACACAGAAUAUCGCCGAGGAUCGCACGACACGCACAAAGACAGAAUAUGCUGUGCUACAGACGCGCUAUCAUAUGCUCGAGGAGCAAUAUCGGGAGUCCGAACUCCGUGCCGAGGAACGCCUGGCCGAGGAACAGAAACGUUACCGUGAACUGCUGGCACGCGUCGAACGGGAAGCGGCACUCCAGAAUGAAAAUUGCCAAAUAAAAAUCAAAACAAUUGAAUUAGAAGCCAAUGCGUUACGUGAAGAGGCACAACGUCUGCGUGUACUCUGCGACAAACAAGCCAACGAUCUGCAUCGCACCGAAGAAAAAUAUGAAUUGGCGCGCGAUCAAAUUGCCGCACUCCAGCAGGAUCUCGAUGAGGCGACACAACGUGAACGUAAAUAUGAAGAUGAGAAGAAAGCAGCCGAAGAGCUGAUGCUGGAGUUGAGUAAAGAAUUGGAACGAUUACGCGCAGAAACUGGACCAGCGCUGCCGACCACCUCACCGGAGACAAUAAGACUGGAGGAGCUGCAUAAAGAGCUGGAGGAGAUGCGGCAAAGAAAUAAAGCAAUGGAGGAACAAAAUGAAGAGCUGCAGGCGCAAGUGCUGACGCGCGGCGUGGAAGAGGGCCGCAAUCUGCUCAAUGGCACGCUAAAUAGCUUGGCGCAAGAGCUAGAGGAAAUGUCACAAGCACAGUUGCAACAAGCCUUUCAAGAGAAGGAAGAUGAGAACACCCGCCUAAAGCAUUAUAUCGAUACAAUAUUGUUGAAUAUCGUAGAAAAUUAUCCACAGCUGCUGGAAGUGAAGCCGGUGGCGAAGUAAAGCGCCGAGGAGCGGACAGCCAGAAGUGCAGCGAAGGCCGUUGGCUAUGAAACGGGGGAAAACAAGAGACAGAGCAAAGAAAAAAGGAAUUAUGUAAUAAAAAAUGCAUUUGGAGCACAGCAGCAAAGGAAACAGCUGAUAUUUGUAAUUUAGAAAUUAAAAAAAGAUACAGCACUGCAAC